GUGCUUGUGAGCCAGUCGUUUGGUGAUCUCUUCACGCCCCUCCUCACCUUUUGCCUCUCUUUGCUUCGCUCUUGUUCUUUCAUUCUUCUCGACGCACCGCACAGACUGGCUGCUGUUUGGUGGUUGUCUGCUCUCUUCUUUCUCUGAUUCUCCAUCUUUUUCUUCUCCAUAUACUACAGAGUGUGUGUUUCAAACUGCUCUAGUCCUCUCAUUUCCUCUUGUUUCCUUCUUCAAUCUAUACAGGCUCGGCACGCACGCACGCAACAGCUUGGCCCCCUGCUACGACUUCCUUUUCUUUGCAGUUUCUUUUUUUGUUAUAUCUUGGCUGGUUGUACCACGCCGUUUUCCUCGACUUCACCUUGCUUGCCCUCUGCAACAUCCCAGCGUACCCUUCCAAGCCCGCGCCGCAAAAUCGUUACCACCCUGAGCAACAAUCAAAAAUAAAACUGUCCACUGUAACACUGUUCGACUCGGCUUAUCUACCAUUGGGCUCUCUCGCACCAGUGUCUUCUUGAUCUUGCUCUUUUCUUCGCUCUUGUCCACCAACACACGUCAACGUCAUUUUCUCUGCAACGCCUCUCUCCCAGGAUCUAAUCACCAUCACCACCGUCUCGCAUCAGUCUGUGACGCAAAGCCUCCUUCUCGGCUGCCUCACCCGGUCACCCAAUCUUCCGUGACUCGUUCUUUAGCCGACUGAGACCUCCGCAUUGCUGUGUGGCUACUCACCAGCCCAGAGGCAAGACAUUCCAUCGCCGCCAAGUGGAUAAUCCCAGCUCCCGACCUCCCCUUUGUUCCUAGACAUUUCAGCAUUCCGGUCCGGUUCCCCUCUCAGUACCUUUCCGACGCGCCGCUGCAGCUCCGACCGACUUCUGCAUCUUUCAUCUUACCUCCGAAACUCAUUAAUCUGCAACUUGCCUAUCCGCGACCCGCCUUGUACUCCUUGAGCGGCCGAAACAUUUACUCCCUUUAUUGGGCGAGCCACUAUUACCUGCCGUCGACAGCUUGAGCCGAAAUCCCCAGAGCUCUCUCACCUCAUUCACGGUAAACUCAGCGCAACAGUACUGUGUUUCAACACUGUCGACUUAAUCACAGUAUCUGGGUGCCACCAGUUGCUGUUAUCGAGGACCAUCAAGACCGAUUCCAACCAUUUUUCUUCGUACUACGAUUCUUCCAUAAUGCACCGUUAUAUUCACCUCUAAAAAUUUCAUCACCCGACUUACUACGCUACUUAUUCUGAGCGUCUGAGCUCCUUAAGAAUAAGCAGCUUCCUCCCCAACACUCUGGAGGAAGAGCUAACUCAGUUUUUUACCAACUUAUCAUUUUAUUAACCGGCGAGAAAUCUCGCAAUCCCAUCUUCAAAAUGCAUAUUCAGCGCGGGCCCGCUGCUACAAAUAUCGUCGUCCCGACACGGAUCGUGGACGUACGGAUAAACCCUACAACGCAAGUGGUCGCACAAACGACGACGGCAGCAGUCGACUACUCACAUUCGUUAGUUGGAGUCAAUCAAGAAUUGAACCUCAUCUUUCAAGAUGUACUGUGGGUGAUGCUGGGUAUCAUGGGCACUGUUAUCCUCGUUAUUCGGAUAAUGGAGAUUCUCUGGGCCAAACUGCGACAAGUAUCCGCCAUGUCCGUGCCACGAGAGAAGCAGACUUACUGGAAGAUAUCACAAUGGAGCUGGAUGCCUGGUGCCAAGCAGCAUCUCAUCUACGCCCCCUUGUGGAAGAAACGCCAUAACCGUGAAUUCCGCUUAUCCAGUGCCAUCAAUGUCGGAACACUGCCGUCACGUCUACACUUCACUAUUCUCACCGUCUACCUUCUCAACAAUAUUAUUUACAUGUUUCUCCUCAACUGGGGUGCCAAGGACAAGAUGGCUUUUUACGCAGACCUUCGUGGCAGAGCCGGCGUCUUGGCCGUUGUCAACAUGAUGCCUUUGAUCAUUAUGGCCGGCCGAAACAACCCGCUUAUUGUUCUGCUAAAGAUUAGCUUUGACACAUAUAACCUGCUUCACAGAUGGCUCGGACGCCUAGUCGUUAUCGAGACGUGCCUACAUGCCUUUGCUUGGUGGCGAGUCGCCAUGCACAAUGGUGGCUGGCAGCGAGUGCAGUCGACCCUGGAUGGCGACUUCUUCUACCUUUCGGGCCUCAUUGGCACAGUGUCAUUCAUCCUUCUUCUUAUCUUGUGUGUCUCACCUCUGCGACACGCCUUUUAUGAAACCUUCCUCAACAUCCACAUUCUCCUCGCUUUCAUUGCGGUAGCCUGCACAUGGAUUCACCUUGGCAUCCAUGGUCUGGCACAAUUGCCCGUCAUCAUGGCCAUUGCCUUCCUGUGGUUCUUUGACCGAUUCUUCCGAUUUGUUCGCUUGGCAUACGCCAACUGGUCCGACAAGGGAGUCACCGAAGCCCUUGUUGAGGCCAUGCCAUGCGAGGCGACUAGAGUUACCGUUCGAUUGCCAAGAUACAUGGCAAUCAAGCCUGGAACCCACGCAUACCUCCGAUUCUGGGGAGUCAAUGCUUGGGAGAGCCAUCCCUUCUCCAUUGCCUGGGUUGAGCACGAGACGAAGGCUUCGACGCUGCCUGUAGCCGAGAAGGAGCCCCUAAACGCCAUUGAUCGAGCCAACGCCUACACAUCGGUGUCUUUUAUUAUCGGCGCACAAACUGGUCUCACCCGCAAGCUCUUCGAUAAGGCUACCCGAUCCGUGCACGGCAUCCGCCUCAAGGCUGCCUUUGAAGGCCCAUACGCCGGCCACCACAACCUUGACUCGUACGGCCAUCUGGUUCUGUUUGCAGGUUCGACUGGUAUCACGCAUCAAAUCUCCUACCUACGCCAUUUAUUAGAGGGAUACAACGCCGGCACGGUAGCGACCCGAAAGAUUACCCUCGUCUGGACGAUACGCGAGUACGAAUCGCUCGAAUGGGUCCGCCCGUACAUGGACACGAUUCUACGAAUCCCGAACCGCAAAGACCUUCUCCGCAUUCAAGUUUUUGUCACCCGACCCCAAAACCCGCGAGAUAUUGUUUCGUCGAGUAGCACGGUCAAGAUGUUCCCAGGUCGACCCAAUGUCCGCUUGCUCCUCGUCAAGGAGGUGCAGGAGCAAGUUGGUGCCAUGGCCGUCACUGUUUGUGGACCGGGUGGUUUGGCAGAUGACGUCCGCGCCGCUGUGCGUGCAGUUCAGGGCGCCAGUGUCAUCGACUUUAUCGAGGAAAGCUUUACAUGGUAAAGCAACAAAGUCUUUUUGACGCGGGCCGGGUGGCCGCGCAGAGACAGGAGCAUACAGAGAACCUGAGCAGCGAUGCCAGUCCCUAUGCCAUGUACAUUUACAAUAUACCCUUUUGAUUUCUCUAGUGUUUUUUUAGAGCGAAAAAACACGAUGGCAUUUGGCAGUCAUCUUUGCAAAACCCUUUUUAUUACAUUUAUUUCUAGCCUUUGCUCAUAACACUAUGAGUCAGAUGGCAUUUGGUCUAAAUAUACUGCCCUUUUCACCAUAAGCAUAGCAUAGCAUAGCAUCGCACGCGAACGGAAUAGACGGAAGUGAGAUUUUUAACUUGACAAGUACUUGUGUAUCAUGAAACGUGACUUUGCUAUUGUCUAAUAUUCUAAAUGCUCGCUAUGCCAAAAAAAAAAAGCAAAAGUUCUCUAUAGAUUUGAAAGGGUGGACAUGAUUAGCUUGCCGCAAUGGCAACAGGGGCCGGCGUUUCAGUCACUUCCAGGCCAGCAUCCAGUCCACUGCCAACCAAGCCGUCCAAUCCUCUGAAACCUUCCUCCACGCUCCAAGAACGGCCCUUCUCCAGGGGACCACCCAGGAAUGUGCAUGCGUUGCCAACGACCAGAAGACCGGGAGGACGGCUGCCCUCCUGCUCGAUGGCUUGCGCAACAUGGGCGAGGGUGGUACGGAUUACCCGCUGAUCGGGACAGCUUGCGCGCUCAAUGACAGCACAGGGCGUAGAAAGCGGCCAAAGAGCUCUGGUAAGUUGCUUCUUCUCGACAGGCUCUUCUUGGCCCUCGACAGGCUCGAGCUCAACAAGUGUUGUGAGCUCCUUGACAAGGCCGGUGAUGCGGUGGAGGGCCAUGAGGAAGACGACGGUGCGCGUGGGCACAAACUCGGGAGGGACUGGAGCGGCACCCUUUUUACCUGUGCCAGUGCAGAUGAGGACUUGGUCGGCAACAUCGCGCUGUGUUGAUGGGAUGCCGCUGAAGAGAGGCGCCGAGAGGGCGGAUGUAAUGCCUGGUAGCACGGAGACUCGGUGGCCGAGCCCGCGCUCCUGGAAGAAGGCAACCUCUUCGCCGCCGCGGCCGUAGAUGAAGGGAUCUCCCUGCUUGAGUCGCAAGACUGUCUUGCCGGCUUGGACACCCUCGAGAGCUGAUGACAGGAGCUCUUCCUGGGCCUUUUCGGCGUUGCCCGGGAACUUGCGCGCAAUGUGGACUGGUGUGCGGCGUGGGAUGAGUUCGAGCACGCCAGCCGGGACUAAUUUAUCGGCCAAGAUGAUAUCAGCGGUCAAGAUGGCCUUGUGUGUCGCGCGGGUGAGUAGGUCGGGGUGGCCAGGUCCGCUACCCGCCAGGAUGAGGCGACCAGGACCAGAUGUGGAUGAGGGAGAAGUCGGUGAUGGCGCGGUGUAUGAGGCGAACAGAGAUUCGAUAUCGGCAUCUGUAAUGGAGGCGAGCUUGCUCAGCGGCCAGUAUUCACAGACUUGGCUGAGCCAGCGCAUGCGUCGGGUCUUUGCGUCUGCGUCGGAGACGAGCUUGUUGAACUGGGCGUCUUGGCCGGUCGCCUCGUCAAGCGAGGUAUGCGACGAGGAUGCCUCGCCAUCGGUAUCGAUGAUUUUGCGUCGCAGGUUGCCGAGACGAGCGCACGCAGGGCCCAGGUUGGAAGGUAACGAGGAUGCAAUUUCGCGGCGGAUGCGGGAUGCUAGUUUACACCCGCGGCCGUUGGUGGUGACGCCGAUCUGGAG